CACCUGCAACACUAAAUUUUUGUAAACCAUAUGAUAAACCGGCAAGAGUUCUGUGACGGUGUUAAUUGAAUUGUUUAUUGAUAAUACAACGCACAAUGGAGGAAGAUGAAGCGCCAACGACUUCAGCAUUUGGCUUCAAGAAGCGCAAUAUUAACCGAGGAGCUGCUAUGCGAAGGAAAAAAGCCAGCAGUAGCAGCAGUAAUGAAUCAACUAAAAACAGCGACGAUGAACAACAGAAUAAAUUAAGUGCCUUGGCGCGUGCCGAAAAUCGUCGAAAGCGCACAAAUCCCAACUUCCAAAGCACUAAAAGUCUGGCCAAGCGAAAAACAGUCGUCGAUUCAUCGGACAGCGAAAAAGAUGCGAGUGAAGAGAGAAGUGAUUUUGGCGUGGCGUAUAAAUCGAAGCGGGAGGCGUUGCCGAAUGGGCCACAAGAUCAAGGCGCCACGUCGGUGAAUGAAAUAGACACGGCAAUGGACCGCGAUGCACAGUCGAUACAUGCGCGAUCCAUUAAAAUAAAUGAAGAGCUGGAGGGCAAAGCGGACGAUAAGAUCUAUCGGGGGAUCAAUAACUAUGCGCAGUACUACAAGAAGACCGACAAGGUAGCGGGCAACGCCAGCUCGGGCAUGGUGAGAAGUGGACCCAUCCGGGCGCCGGCCCAUCUGCGUGCUACGGUACGCUGGGAUUAUCAGCCGGAUAUCUGCAAGGACUUCAAGGAGACGGGCUACUGUGGAUUUGGCGAUAGCUGCAAAUUCCUGCACGAUCGCAGCGAUUACAAGGCGGGCUGGCAGCUGGAAAUGGAUCACGAGGCACAGAAACGCGGCGACAACGAUUCGGAUGGUGAUGAGCACAAAUAUGAGAUUCACUCGGAUGAGGAAACGUUGCCAUUCAGAUGCUACAUUUGUCGCGAAAGCUUUGUUAAUCCUGUCGUCACGAAGUGCAAGCAUUACUUUUGCGAGAAAUGUGCGCUGGCGCAAUACAAAAAAUCGCAACGUUGCAUUAUUUGCUCACAACAAACGAAUGGAAUAUUCAAUCCUGCAAAGGAGCUGAUAGCACGGUUAAAAACCGCACCCAUGGGAUCAUCUGAUGAGGAACAUGAGCCGAAUGAUGACAAUCCAAAGCAGGAAAAUAAUUCAGAACAAGAUGUUCAUGAGAUUUCUUCCAAUAGCGAUAGUGAUUGAUUUUGUAAGCUUUAGUUUAACUGUAUUUUUUCAACAGUUCUAAAAUGAAGCAAGAAAGUUUUUGAUACAAACAC